AUGUGGGGUUUUCCACUUUGGUCUUUGGUUGGGCCUCUCUUGUUUCUUUACUGUCUUCUCCCCUCUGGUGAGAUAGCCCUGGAUGUGCCUACAGUGAAAUACAGUCGCUUUUUACCCAAAUUUGCAAACCGCCUACUCUAUUACCUCGUUGCCCCAUCUUUGAUCAAAUAUGGUUAUGGAAAGUACAAAAACCAACCUUUUCGAUUGCUCAAAGCUGAUGGAGACCUGAUUGUCUUGCCCAUUGAGUACGUCGAUGAGCUUCGGAAUCUCCCGCCUUCGAAGCUGAGUUCUCUUGAUGCACAGUAUGAGAAUGUCCUGGGAGAAUACACCAACGUCUUAAUCGAGAGCGCUUUGCCACCCGAUACCGCCCAAAGGCGAUUGACUCCAGCUUUAGGCCGCAUCACCCCUCGAAUCCUUGACGAGCUCAAAUACUCCUUCGAAACAGACUUUCCCGAGUGCAAAGACAAUUGGGUGUCUGUCAACCCAUUCAACCUGGUCCUUUCCCUCAUCAAUCGCGCUGCUUCUCGUGUGAUUAUCGGCGAGGAGCUCUGCAGGAAUGAAGAAUGGCUUAAUAUCUCCGCUAACUACACGAUUAACGUCGGUAUCACCGUGAUGAUGUUACGACCAAUCCCGAGUUUCCUACGUCCCCUGGUGGCCAGAUACCUCCCCAGCGCCAAAAAGCUCCAACGGCAACUUCGUUUCGUCAAGGACGAACUCUUCGUACCAUUGAUCAAUACACGCAGGAAUCAGGAAGCAAGAAACCCCUCGUACAAGAAGCCCGACGAUUUUCUGCAAUGGAUGAUGGACCUUGCCGAUAAUAGCCGUGACAAGGAACCCGAAUUUUUGGCCCAGAACCUCCUCAUCUUCAUCAGCCUUGCUGCUGUUCACACCAGCACUAUGUUCAUGACUCACGUUCUUUUUGAUCUCAUGGCGAGGCCUGGGUAUCUGGAGCCUCUGAGGAACGAAAUCCAGACGAGCUUGAAGAGCGGUUGGGAGAACGGUACUCACUUGGAAUUCCUCCAGAUGCGACUUUUUGAUAGUUUCCUCAAGGAGUCCCAACGUUUCAACCCCUCCAGCGAACUAUCCAUGUACAGGAUCGUCAAACAAAACCUAGCCUUGUCAAACGGCCUUGUACUCCCCAGAGGAACCCAUAUUUGUUUCGCUGCAGGUCCCUUGUGUCACGAUCCCAAUGUCGUACCCGAACCAUAUCCCUUCGACGGACUUCGCUGGGCUGAGGAUUCGUCAAAGGGAGUUAGUACCAACCUGGUGACCAUCAACUCUACCAAUAUGCACUUUGGUUUCGGACGUCAGGCGUGUCCCGGACGAUUCUUCGCAGCAAAUACGAUAAAAGCAAUCAUGAGCCGUCUCAUUUUUGAAUAUGAUUUCAAAUUCCAGGAUGGCAUGACAGACAGGCCUAUCAACAUUCGUAAUGGGGAACAGACCAUGCCAAACAUGUAUACCGAAGUUUUUAUGAAGAAGAGAGACAUUAAGCUCUAG